AUGACGGAACAUCAGACUGCGCACAGUCACGGCUAUAGUGAGGUCAAUAUUUCAGACUCUGCAACAGCUCAUCUAGGCAAUGUCUACAACACAACAGCCGAAGAUCUGAUUGAGAAGAUCCUCAAGCAACUCUCCUUUCCAGGUAUGCACAACUGGCAAUCUCGAAACAUCGAUGCACACGAGGGCACAUUUGGGUGGAUCAUGGAAGACUCUCAGACAUUGCUCAACGACCUGCCAGCUGACCAGUCGGCUGAAGUUGGUGCAGAUUCAGACGUAAAAGUUGCCCGCCAAAAGGCUGAGCAAGCACGCAAGCUACAAAACUGGUUGCGAAGCCCUUCAGAUCGUAGUGUCUUCUGGAUCCACGGAAAGGCCGGCUCGGGAAAGUUGACGCUGAUGAAGACGAUCUCGGACCAUGCACGUACGAAGAAGCUGGCUGCUCUAAGCGCUGGAAGUGGAACGGAGGUCAUCACACUGGCCUUCUUUGCGUUCCGUGCUGGAUCGGAGCUUGAGUCCAAAUUAGUAGGAAUGUGGCGAGGCUUGCUUUAUCAACUAACGAAGCAAUGCCGAAACUUGUUGGCGGAUAGCUCUCCUCUGAAGGACUGGGCCGAAGGAGAAGUUCCCGUCGCCCCAUCUGGUCGUCUAUUGACAGCUUUGAAGACUAUGUUGACGGAAGUUAGCAAGCAUCGUACCCUGGUGAUCCUCCUCGAUGGUCUGGACGAAGUCACAGAGGGCGAACACUCGGACCUGGUCACAUACAUACAGCAGUUGACCAUAUCUGCCAAAAUAUGUGUUGCAAGCCGAAAGGACAAGAUUUUCAGCAAUACUUUCGGUGGCUUGAACCACGACUUAGCACUUCACAACCUUACGGCAAUGGACAUGUCGAUUGUCAUCCGCAGCAGGCUGGAAGCAGCACAGGCGGAAGGCUUCCCAAUGUAUGAUGCGGACCUACGCUCACUAGCCCAAAAGACACUGUCUCGGGCUGAAGGUGUGUUCCUCUGGGUGAACCUCGUGACCAAAUCGUUAGCUCGCGGCCUUACCAACGGCGACGACACACCCUUCUUGGAAGACAGGUUACGUACUAAGCCAAAAGAAAUUGACGCGCUCUUGGAACAGAUGCUCUAUGGCAUUGACGAGGUCUACCGCCGACCGGCUGCAUGGAUCCUGCUUUGGACGAGCGAUCGCCAACGCUACCUCACACUUGACAGUCCUCAGAUUACGGCAUACACGGAGGCGGCGCUGGCUUCGAGUCCACAUCCUGAGUGCUCGGACCUUGCAGAGGUGAGUGCGUUUGUGCGAAACCCUUACUAUGCGAUUGACUCCCUCUUGGACGAUACUCCCGAUGGCGUAGGAAGCUUCAGUGUGGAACAGGAAACCUUGAAGCUGAGGGCGUGGACCAACGAUCUUGUCGAAUAUUCUUCCUUAGGGUCUGUGUCGGGGCGCGAAAAGCGGCGGACUAUACUGUUGCAUCGAACAGUGUUGGACUUUGUUGAUCAACAUCGAGAAGAACUUGUCGAGUGGCUAGGGACAACGUUUCAACACGCCCUAUACGAAGUCAACCGUCAUCUUCGAGUCAUGCCAGAAGUGUCGAUGUGGCGGAGCCUCGAAUCAUUCAGUGACGAAUUGCGCCGUUUUGCGCAGAUCAUGGAUCGCGACGACGACACGCUUCAAGACUGGCUUACUGGGCCGUACAGCUUUGCACGCAUACUCAUGAAGUUAGAUGACAUGGCAAACGCCAUCAGCGAUGGUCCUGCCAAUAGUCACUGGACCAGCUUCAUCCUCGAUUUUGACGCCUAUGAUCACGACCUCCUUCCUGCAUCUAAAGUGUCAAACGUGGCCGUCGUGACUCCGGACGAGUCUGAUCCCGAUAAGGGGCUGACUGAAGAUCUCCGUCGAUAUGAUAUUGAGGGCAAUGGUUUACCUGCAUUCCUGACGAAUCGCAGCCUGCACAACAUGUUCUGGACAAUGGUCAAGUCUUGCACCUCAGAAGAAGUGGCUAGAUCGAAACAGUUCUGGCUUGAGUGCGCGACCGUCUCGGUAUUUCAGCUUAGUAUCAAUAAUGAAGGUUGGCUGUGGCACGAGACAGAGACCGUGUUGAGAAUAGUCGAUGAGCUCGGCGCCGACCUCAAUCAGCCCAUACUGCGUAUCUACGGCGGAAGCUUAUCAGCGUGGCAACGACUGGAAAGGACUCCGCGAAAGAUUACCGAACUACUCCAAGCACUUCUAGAUCGGGGCGCCGACUCAAGGGUGGAUCUCUCGGAUAUCUGGCAAGAGGGUAGACAGCCAUAUCGAUGGGUGGAAGGCUGUACCGUGGAUGUGAGGGUUCUUGUGGACUCUAUACGCGCGGGAAAGAUGGAUGAUUAUUGGGAGGGUUGA